UUCCUUUGAGACAUGGUCAUGAACGCAAGGGUUGCAAUAGUGCUUGUUGCAGCUGUGGUCGCAGCUGCAGACCAGCGUCCACCAUACUCCUACGAUAGUCCAAGGGGCUCGCUUGAGUACUCAACGGAAUCGAAAGAGGCGCAAUAUAAUUACAACUAUGUCAUUAAGAACGACUACUCCGGCAACGACUUCGGUCACCAGGAGGCCCGCGACGGUGACAACACCAAGGGGUCGUACUACGUGCAGCUUCCCGACGGUCGUCUGCAGACCGUGACUUACUUCGUGGACGGUGACCGGGGCUACGUGGCCGAGGUCUCCUACCAGGGCGAGGCUCGCUACCCGGACUCCUCUGAGGUCCGGUCUUACGGCACUCCUCCCAGACCUCAGUAUGGACUUCCUGAGUCAGAAGAAUCUGUCGAGGCCUCAGCUUAUUCUUUACCUGUGUCAUUAUACAAUACGCCUACAUCCUACACCACACCCAGGCCUCACACUACACCCAGAGCAUCCUACACUACACCCCGAUUAUCCUACAAUGCACCCAGGGCAUCCUACUCUACACCCAGACCAUCCUACACUACACACAGAGCAUUUUACACUACACCAAGGCCCAACACAACACCCAGACCAUCCUACACUAGACCAAGAACAUUCUACACUACACCAAGGCCCUACACAACACCCACACCAGCCUACACUACUCCCAUCCACUACACUACACCUCGACCAUCCUAUACUACACCCAGACCAUCCUACACUUCACCCAGACCAUCCUACACUCCACCCAGACCAUCCUACACUCCACCCAGACCAUCCUACACUCCACCCAGACCAUCCUACACAACACCCAGACCAUCCUACACUCCACCCGGACCAUCCUACACAACACCCAGACCAUCCUACACUUCACCCAGACCAUCCUACACUUCACCCAGACCAUCCUACACUUCACCCAGACCAUCCUACACUACACCCAGACCAUCUUACACUACACCCAGACCAUCCUACAUUACACCCAAACCAUCCUACACUACACCCAGACCUUCAAAGGCAUUCCCUGAGCCACAGGACUCUAUGGAGAUCGCUAUGUACCAGCCACACUCUCCUGAAGAGGAUGACUCUUCAGAGAAAACAUAUGCUUACAGUCCCCCAAUGAUUAACUUCCCACUAGGACUCUCCGAAGAGUCCUCUGAAGAGUCCGAGGACUCUUCAUUCGCCCGCUAUACUCAAUAAGACUCUCCUGAGUCCCACCAACAUACGUACCUCUCUCCUAUUUAAUCCUACGCUUGUCAAAAUUUGCCAGUGGAGAGUAUUUGAUUCCUCAAAGAACUACUUAUAAUCCCACUCACAUGUGUAACUUGUAAAUAAACUAUGACAUUUUGGCUUUUA